AAAUGGCUGGAAAGCAGACCAGCGGCGAUGCCUCGGUGCGUCCACGCGUAGACGCAUCCAGCGCGCGCCUCACGUCCCUACGAACCUCGGCCGACGCUUCCACUGCCCCUGCGCGGCGGCCCAAAUUCGUACCGAAGGCUGCCAAACGUCGUCCUGCAUCUGAAGGACGUGUUGAUAGUACAGACGCUGGUCCACAGCGCUCAAAUGAUGCCAAGCAACACUCCACGGGCGCCGGAGGGCUCAGGAACGACAACAACAAAGGACGAGGAGGCAGAGGAGGUAGAGGUGGCCGCGGGGGUGGGCGCGGCCGUGGUCGUGGUCGCGGACGAGGCGUUCUGCCCAGCGGCAAGGUCGCGUUUGUCGGCACGCUUUCAGGCGGAUCGUCGUAUAGCGGAGGAAGCAACGCACCCGCUCCGCGCGUGACGCCCGCUACCGAUUACUCGGCUGCUGGUGGUACAGGUAUCAGUGUGCUAGACGAGGAAAUGCCUGGAGGAAAGAUGCCCGAGACGGAGGUGGAAGAGGUGUGGCCACCUGUGGUGAAGUCGGUGAUGGAGCCGAUGAGCCUUCCGAUCGUGCGUCCGCCGGAGCCUGAGAGCGCGGGCGCCGUAUUCUGCGAUGUCGCUGGUGACUUGGUGGCUCCAGAUGACUCGCUGUUCUUCAUUCAGAUGCCGACGACGUUGCCGCUUUCAAGUGCCGUCACGAAGGCGCCUAGUGCUACCACCGACGUAGAUGAACCUAUGGAGAGUGUAGACGAGUCGAAGGAGGACGCUAAGCAGGCAAAGGGGAGCAAGAACCCGGAGGAGCUUGCAGAUGAUGGUGUGUUUGACCACUCCGUCGAGACAGCGCCGGGCGGCUUCAUUGGCAAGAUUUGUGUACACAAGUCGGGCAAGAUGGUGCUGAUGCUGGGCGACAAGCAGUUCGAGGUGGCGGCGGCCCAGACUCCGUCCUUCUGUGAAGAAAUCUACGCUAUCAACACGACGGAGAAGCUCCUGAGCAUCCUAGGAAAUGUGGAACGUCAUCUCGUGGUGACUCCUGACUUCGACGUGCUGCUGCAUUAGGCGAAAAACUGUAAAGCAAUAGAAGGCGCGUCUUUUACGAUCUACAUGUAGUACAGUAGUAGACGACAAGCAUUUGUACCCCUGGGGCCCUACGAACGUAGCACAGUGGUGUGUCAGCUUUAGUAUUCAUAGCACAACGUGA